AUGUGGGAUGCAUGGGAUAUGGCUGCUGAAAUCUGCCUCUCCCAGCUUCCUCAGCUCUUUCUGGACCCCAACGCGGAGUUUCAGCCAAGUCCAUUUUUUACUGAGCAAAUGACAGCUUUUGAGGUCUGGCUUGAUCAUGGAUCUGAGCAUAAGAAGCCACCGGAGCAGUUGCCUAUUGUUCUUCAGGUUCUAUGUAGCCAGUGCCAUCGGUUUCGUGCUCUUGUUCUUCUUGAGAUAUUUCUUGAUAUGGGUCCUUGGGCUGUGGAUCUGUCAUGUCAAGUUGAUCUUGUGAAGGACAAGGGCCACAUACAUUUCAUCAGAUUUUUAGAUAGUCCUGAUGCAUUCCCAGAACAACGUGCUAUGGCUGCGUUUGUUUUGGCUGUUAUUGUUGAUGGCUACAAACGAGGCCAAGAAUCAUGUCUUGAAGCUAAUUUAAUUGGUGUUUGUCUGGGGCACCUCGAAGCACCCCAACUAUGUGAUCAAUCACCAGAACCAUUGUUUCUACAAUGGCUUUGCCUUUGUCUUGGAAAGCUAUGGGAGAAUUUUAUAGAGGCCCAGAUUAUGGGUAGAGAGGCUAAUGCUUCUGAAAAGUUGAUACCUCUGCUUUCCGAGGCCCAACCAGAGGUAGUGCUUCACCUGAAGCUUAGCUACCUUCUCAGAGUUUGCUUCCACAGUCAACUAUUUACAAUCGGAGCUGUGGUCACUUUUCUAAACCUCUUCUCGGGGGAGCAGAUGGUAAUGAAGAGAUAA